UGACUCCCGACUGCGCUUGUCCCAUCCGGCUUGCCGUCCUCGCGACCAUGGCAGCUGCCGCGCUCUCCGCGUGGCUGACCCUGCAGCCGGGGACCAGGACCCUGCGUGCUUUCUGUACCUCCGUGUCUCCGGCCACCCGCUCCGCGAUACCAAGCCCGCGUACAGCAGCCAGAACAUCCAGAUAUGAAAGACCACUGAGAAGAAAGGCACUACCUCCUAGGACAGAGAAAAUGACUGUUGACCAAGAUUGGCCUAGUGUUUAUCCUGUUGCAGCACCAUUUAAACCUUCUGCUGUACCUCUUCCCAUUCGAAUGGGCUAUCCAGUAAAAAGGGGGGUGCCCAUGGCAAAGGAGGGAAAUCUAGAACUAUUAAAGAUCCCCAAUUUUCUGCAUUUAACUCCUGUAGCAAUUAAAAAGCACUGUGAAGCUCUUAAAGAUUUCUGCACUGAGUGGCCAGCUGCUCUGGACAGUGAUGAAAAAUGUGAGAAGCAUUUUCCCAUUGAAGUGGACACAACUGAUUAUGUUUCAGCAGGACCAUCUAUCCGAAACCCCAAAGCACGAGUAGUAACCUUAAGGGUUAAACUUUCCAGUUUGAAUUUAGAUGAUCAUGCAAAGAAGAAACUCAUUAAACUUGUGGGAGAGCGAUACUGCAAGACUACAGAUGUUCUUACCAUCAAAACAGACAGGUGCCCUUUAAAGAGACAGAAUUAUGAUUAUGCACUCUAUCUGCUAACAGUUUUAUACCAUGAGUCUUGGAAAACUGAAGAAUGGGAGAAAGAUAAGACUGAAGCAGACAUGGAAGAGUAUGUAUGGAACAAUAGCUCCUCUGAAAAAAAUAUUCUGGAAACACUUCUCCAAAUCAAAGCUGCUGAGAAAAAUCUGGAUGUAAAUAAAGAAGAGCUCCUUGCUACGAAAGAAGUUGAAGAGUACAAAAAGUCUGUUGUUAGUCUUAAGAAUGAAGGGGACAAUGAAAAUACCCUUUCUCAGUACAAAGAAUCAGUGAAGAAACUAUUAAAUCUAAUGUGAUUUAUUUA